GGCAGCUUCGUGUCAUUGACUGAAAACAAAACAAAACAAAAGGGCCACUGGAUGUCUGCCUUCUUGGGGGGUGAGCCAGACAGACUGACAAACAAACAGCCCCGACUGUGUCCGGGGGAGAGUGUCUCCUCCCGUUGUGCCCGGCGGCAGCAGCAUGGACGUGUUGGCUAGUUAUAGUAUAUUCCAGGAGCUACAACUUGUCCACGACACCGGCUACUUCUCAGCUUUGCCAUCCCUGGAGGAGACCUGGCAGCAGACAUGCCUUGAAUUGGAACGCUACCUACAGACGGAACCCAGGAGGAUUUCAGAGACCUUUGGGGAGGACUUGGACUGUUUCCUCCGUGCUUCCCCUCCGCCGUGCAUCGAGGAAAGCUUCCGGCGCUUAGACCCCCUGCUGCUCCCGGUGGAAGCGGCCAUCUGCGAGAAGAGCUCAGCAGUGGACAUUUUGCUCUCUCGGGACAAGUUGCUGUCUGAGACCUGCCUCAGCCUCCAGCCAACCAGCUCUUCUCUCGACAGCUACGCAGCCGUCAACCAGGCCCAGCUCAACGCAGUGACCUCAUUAACGCCCCCAUCAUCCCCUGAGCUCAGCCGCCAUCUGGUCAAAACCUCACAGACCCUCUCUGCCGUGGAUGGCACGGUGACGUUGAAACUGGUGGCCAAGAAGGCAGCGCUCAGCUCGGUCAAGGUGGGAGGGGUGGCCACAGCAGCAGCAGCCGUGGCGGCAGCUGGGACAGUUAAGAGUGGACAAAGCGACAGUGAACAAGGAGGGGUAGGGGCUGAAGCAUGCCCUGAAAACAAGAAGAGGGUUCACCGCUGUCAAUUUAACGGGUGCCGGAAAGUUUAUACAAAAAGCUCCCACUUAAAGGCCCACCAGAGGACUCACACAGGUGAGAAGCCUUACAAGUGCUCAUGGGAAGGAUGUGAGUGGCGUUUUGCAAGAAGCGAUGAGCUCACAAGGCACUACAGGAAACACACAGGUGCAAAGCCCUUUAAAUGCAACCACUGCGACAGGUGUUUUUCAAGGUCUGACCAUCUUGCCCUCCACAUGAAGAGACAUAUCUAAAAACCUUAAAGGCCAGAGUUGCCAUGGCAUCGGCCAAUAUCUGAAGGAAUGCUGUGAGGCAGGGGGCUGGACUUCAGGAGGGGACUCAAUGCCUCUCAGAAGAAAGUUCUCACUUAUAAACCUCUGUGUACACACACGCACACACACACACACACACACAUCCAUACACACUCUCACACCGACCUACACACAUACGCUGCCAUGCACUCAACUAUAAUUAAAUAUAUACGUCUAUUCUUUAUGCCUUGCCCUAGCCAGAUGGUAGAAGAUGAAAAAGAAGGAAAACAGGUGAACUCAGCAAGGCAGACUGGCUGCUGACUUCAGCACUAUUGGAAUUAUUUCCCGCUGUUGCCAAUGGAAAUCAAAGAAAGUGGAUGUGACGUCUCUGCGGGUGGACGGCAGUACGAGGGGCUUAUUUAACUUGCUUCUCAGUGCAACUUGAUAGGAGAACACAACGUCUUCGAGUUGCAUAUGUGUAGCACUAAUGUUUCUUUUUAAAUAGUUGGGGAAUAUGACCUAGAAAACCAAAUUGCAGUUUGGUAGCCAAAAUUAACUCUUGGUUUAUUUGUCCUUUGUGUGUGAAAAGUCCUACUAUUCCGUGCGUCAGAUUUCCUCACAGAACUGUUGAUUGGUUUUGAUUCUUUUUAGUGCCACUGAGAUCUUUCCAGUCGAUACCAACGGCCUUAGGGCGGCAGACUCUGGAAUUACACCUUACACCUCUCUCGCCUGCAUUUCUCUAGACUUCACUCUCAAGGGAGGAGUUUUCUUUCCUUACUUUUUGACUUUUGCACACCAUAUGCACUAGGGAUUCUGGAAACUUCUAGCAUGACUGCAAAGUGGCCAAGAGAAUAAAGUCCUGAUGAUACAUCACAGUAUAUCCCUUGAGCCUCACCUUAUUGCCAGUGCUAGAAUUUUUCUUUUUAAUCUCUCUGUUUUUUGCUAAUGAAAACUUGAAAAGCUUAUUUGGAAGCUUAAACGUUUUAUCUUUCCUCCAUGGACUAAAUCUCUCCUGAACUCUCUCCGCACCUGGAUGUGCAGAUCUCGAAGCAGCCAAUCAGAUGGGACAUCACAGUUCUCUCUUCCUCCUUGAGGCAUAAUGACCUCAGCUUGCAGUGAUGACCGCUGUGCUGUGUGUCACUGCUACCCUAGAACCAGUUCCAGGAUAGAUGUCGCUAGUCUCAAAGGGCAGCUGCGUACUGAAUCUAACUCUGGGUUACGACCUGACACAAAGCCAAAAAUAUCACUCUUGCCAGGAAUGAGGAAAACUGAGGAUGCCUCCUAAGUCUAGUGGCUUCAUAAAACAUCAUCCUCGCUUCCUCUCUCAUACCCGAUGAGCUCAUAUUACUUGUCAAAACACACAGUUCAAAAUGCCAUUGUGGGAAUGAAGGGUUGACCUUUAAGGAAAGGGUUGAGGUGUUUCUCUCAUAGUCUGUCUAAAAGGGAAGGCAUGUUUCUAAUUUGGUUUUGGCUAGGCCCACCAUGACUUACGACCUACAAUACCCAUGGUCAUCAGAGGCCUUUCGCUCUGCAAACUGACUCCAAGGGGGUUCACAUUCCUCACCUGUCACCCCACCCCCCACACAUCCAAUACUGGUCUCUCUACCCACAUUGUUAGCUAGCUGGCAUUGGCCUCAUGUCCAAAGACUGCCUUUAGGACCACUAAAUGGCCUAUGCAAGCAAGUGGGGUGGUUAUUAGGACAGAUUGUAUAUUUUGUAUAUUCUGGGACCAUCCCUUCAAGACAAGUCUAAAAAACAAAAAUGGCAUUUGGUCCGCACGUGGCUGCUGCUCCUUCAUACCAGCUGGCUGCCCUCCUGCCCUCCUCAGACUGUUUGACUCAUUGACUGUUAAAAUGCCACCCCAUAUACAUUUGGGAUGCAAAACUGAAGUCAUUAAAAGGAAAUCAUAAUAUAAGAAACACAAAGACAGGUAUGACAGCAACCUUCGAGAUCCUUCGCAUUUGGGUUUUCUGCUUUCUGCAACCAUUGUUUUCACUGGGAUGUUGGAACAGCUCGUCUGGAGGUACAGGCACCUCCGAUCACAAUGCUGUAGCUGCCAGCCGGACACUUGGGGCAUUUUGAGGUCUGGCCCUUAGAAUUUUCUUUGUCUUCAUUUUUUUUUUUUGAAUUUAGACCAAAAAAAAAUAAUAAUAAAAAGAAAAAAUAAAAGAAAAAGAAAAAAAGGGAAAACAUCCUAAACAUUCACUCAUACACAAAAUCUGUCCAUUUGCCGGAGGCAAUUAUGUAUGUUAGUUGGAGUGUAUUAAAAAAUCCAUUUUAUUCCAAAGAUUUAAAACUAGACAUGACUUAAAAACAAGCUCUGGAGCACUGCUUGCUGACAAUCUUGUAGUUCUCUACUGCAUUUGAGUGCGUGGUGUGGCCAGUCCAUCAGGGCAUACCAUGGGAUUCUAUUUGAAUGUGUGGAGCAUCCUUUCUGGAUAAAGGAUGUGUGAGGAAUCUUGAACCUCAGCUGUAUUAAACUGUAGCGCCUCCAGUCAGUGCACUAGAUGAAAUUUUAGAUACCCCAAUUUUUGUUGUUUCCUUUUUAUUCCUUUCUAUAGCAGCAUCCAGCACCCACGCACGCACACACCAGUGAUGGCACUGAGCCAUGGCUGUCAAGAUUUACAGACGUUCUCUCCUGAGCUGGAGCUGCUCUUGUCUCUCAAAAUGAUAUUAUUAUUAAGGGUUUAUAAAGGUUUGAACUGAUCAAUGCAAGGCUCUAUUAAAAAGAAAGGUUUUUGUUUUGUUUUUUUUUUUGAAAAAAAAAUGCAAGAGUAAUCAUUACUUGUCGGUUCCCUUGUUGUCAUCUGUGGUCUCUUUUGGAUGUGGCAGAACAAAGGCCCUUUGAUCCUCAUCAGUGUCUGAGAUGUUUAGUAAUUUUUCUCUUUUGUAUCAGUGAGGUCCUUUGUAAUCUGCUCCUGAGCUUCCUCAGAGCAGGGUGCACUGUAACGCCAUGAUGGUGCUUGCUUGCUUGCUUCAGUGUCAUCUGUUGACUGUGAGAAUUGGCCUGAGAAUCUGGUGGGUGCUAAGUGUAUGGCUUUGAAACUGUUCUCUAGCCCAACUUGACACCUGUGAGUGGUAAACCGUCCUCUCUAUGGGGAUCGGGACAGCUCCAACUCUUCUGGAAGUAGAUUUAUGAUAAAGUGUCCAACAUCUUUGAAAGAGCAGAGAUGGUCCUUAGGAAACUCUAAACAGCCUGAAGACAAUUUCUACCCCCAAAAGACUGGUUCUUGAAAAUGCUUUGGUGGAUAUUUGAAACACAUUACAUCCAUUUCUCAUUUAAACUGUUACCUCCUAACAUUCCAGGGGAUCCCAAACUUGCAAGGAGGAACCUUGCAUGGUGUUUCUGCAGUUGCCCUCCCCAGCACACCCUUUCCAGGGUUCAAAGUGUGAUAUGUAGAAAAGUGUUUCUUAGCCACUGACCAUUUUCUUUAAGUUAUGCUUCUUUCUCCUGCCACAUGGCUGUAAGUCAGGGAUGUGGAAACGUGAAAUUAAGUUGCCACUCCUAGCUACUGGCCCCCGGCCCCAUUACAGGUUGAUUGGCCCGGCUUAAUGCCUGGUGGUGAUGAGUGUCAUGUCCAGAAAAAGAAAUGUUAGAAUUCUAGGACAAAGCUGCAUUUUGUCAAAAUAUUGGAGGCCCCAACAAGUACUCCAUGCCGACCGUAUCCUCCUCUCCACACGCUUUCCCUUGCUCUCUCCUCUCGACGCCAUCACUCCCCAGCUGCACCUCUUGUGCCCUUUUUACAUCUUUGCUAGCCUGAUUAUAACAGGGUAUAAAGACAGCCAACCUCAUGCAUGUUAACAGAACUGAUUCCUAUGAAAAAAAAAAAUCUUCUUUGAAUCCAUAGAAGAUUUUAAAGAGACUUUAGUUUGGGUUGAAGUUUGAGCUUACCCAUGUCUGUUUGCAUUAAAGGGUAAAUAAACGGGGGUUGGGGGGUGGGCUGCUUGUCCAGUGUAUCCAGAACAUUCUGCCAAUGGCCCUCACUUCUGUAUUUGGUGUCAAAGCCCAAAGAAAGAAACUCACAUUGCAAGAAAAACAAAGUGUGAUGAUUAGGUUUGCUGAUUCAAAUGAUUUCCUCCUCAGAGGUCACUUCCUGCUAUGUAACGUAGAAUGGUAAGUGCUGGUACUGUUUUCAGGAACGAGGAAAAAGGUAGGAUAGGUCAGAGAUGCCACAUAAUUUACUAUAAAAUUAAAAGACGUUGCUUGUUUCUUUCUUAAAAAAACAAUCUGGCCACAGCUUUGUACCUGGAACAUUGCCAAAGUGAAAGUUCAGGAAGAAGGACCUGAUUGAAAUUACUCCUGGGAGCUUUCCCUGGCCUUUUCUAAAACUGGUCAUCCACCAAGCUCAGGAGUGGGGGCCGGAGCAGCAGGUUGGAGUUCUGGGUACCUGGAUGAGAAUCGGUGAACAAGGUGAUAGCUCGAUGUGAAUACUAAGCGCCUGAAUUGACACCAAUGCCUCUUUGCUGGCCUGUUUUCCUGGGUGAGGAUCUUUGGGGAUGUGUUGAGAGAAUCAGCAAUUGCUUGUAAAUAAUGUGAUAACCCGUGACUGACUGCUUGGGGUUUCAGGUGUUCUCUGGUGUUUAACAUUCUGCUAACUCCACCUCUGUUGGUUCCUAAAAGACCCUGGAAAGGGGAAAGAUCAAGCUGCAAUUAACUUUCUCACGUGCAUCCUUCCGAUCUAGUACUGUACUCUUGGAGUGUUUUGCGUUUUACAUUCUCGGGAAACAGGUAUCCAAAAUGGAGGGAGAAAUCCCAGGUCGCUGCUCCCACGCAAGGUCCUCUUCCAACAGGGCUCCCUCUCACGAGGGAGGGGGAUGGCGUUCUUUGUUGGAGACUGAUUAUACAGCUUUUCAUUUUCAACUGUGAGCUUUGGAAUCGCACAUCGCUUUGACUCCAGCUUCUGUCUACUGCCCUAAAACCGACCCCACGUCAGACAAAUGAGGGUGGUAUGCGUGUAUGCGCCCAGACACAUGCGCACGUGUAUCUAUUGUACCUUCGCGGAAGGAAAACAGGCUACUGACGUUUUAAGAGGAGUAGCCACCAGUGCCUAAUAUCUUUUGCGGGGGAUGGAUGCUUAUAUUUGCCAGUCUACAGAGACCACACUGGGAGUUCCACGUGGAGGGGAGGGCUUGUGGGAGGGGACAGGGGACGGGUGAAUCCUAGGCCUAUGGACUGGAGACAUAGUGAUGGGGUCCUGCAGGCUUUGGGGCUCGUUGGCUGUUUUUCAGUCUUUUUUUUUUUUCUUCCCAGCAUGCAUUCCCUAGCUAAACCCAGUCUCAGUAUGACUUCCUGAUCUUCCACUUCAGCUUCAUUCCAGGGAGGAAAACUAUACCAGUUAUGGCCAAGAUCUCCUUGCUAACACACAGGCAAAAAUCAAUGUUUCAUAUUCUGACGCCUCCCUCCCCUUUCCCCAACCCCCCCACCCUUCGCCCACUUCCUGCUCUCACCAUACAAUUUCCCAGCCACUACACAUUUUAGUUCAAAUCUCUAUUAUCCAUCUAACAGUUGCUUGAAGAAAUUGAGUUUUGCACUAUACAUUUUCUUUUUGCCAGAUGUGUCUAACAAGUGUGUUUGGAGAGACCUGCUCCCAGCCCCCAUCCUUCACCCUGUACCCCCUGGUCACAUUCUCUCAGGCCUUCUCUGGUAUUUAUAAUAUAUCACAGAAGUACCCAGUCUUAUAGCCCUCGGUUAUGCCUUUUUUUGACAUUUUAUUUUUUUUAAGCUUUUUAUAUAUAUAUAUAAAUAUAUUACUUUGUCAAGUUUUUUUGCUGUACAAAAGUCUUAAGAUUUAAAACUAUUAUUUGUAUUAUAUGAUGGUGGUAUGUUAAUGUUACAAAAUUAUUAAUGAAGAAAAAUUUAUUUUUGUUACUGGUCUGUUUCAUAAUUCUUUUUUAAAUUGGUAUAUUGUAAGAUAUCUAUGCAAAAAAUGUUAUGUGACGCAUUUUUAUUUAAGAAUGUAAUAUGUGUAAUAAACAGUAGAAUGUG